ACUCUUCAACUCACAAAGCAUCCAAUUUUAGUUCACCUUGUGCAUACAUUGUUUACAACAAGAGUGACAAACAAUGGCUCUCACCUCCCGUUUCCUCUUUGCCACCUCCUCCUCCAUGCUUCUCUUCUCAUUGCUAGCCAUUGCCUCUGCUACGGAUUAUAGCUCCGGUGCGCCUAAGCCAAAGGUUGAUGAGCAUCCAAAACUUCCAAAGGUUGAUAUGCCAAAAUUACCGAAUGUCGGAAAACCAAAACCAGAAGUAUAUACAAAGCUAAAACCUCAGACCAUUGAUAUUCAGGGGCUGGUUUUGUGCAGAUCAGGCCUUCAAAGCUUCCCAAUUAAAGGAGCUGUGGUAAGGAUUACAUGUUUGGCUGAGGAUGAACAAGGUUACGAGACUGCUCCUUUCUCCAUAUUGAGUGGUGCAACUGAUGCAAAGGGUUACUUCAUCUCAACGUUGUCGCCGUCGCAGCUUGGAGACAAGUGGAAGCUCACAGAGUGCAAGGCGUUUCUCGAUUAUUCUCCAUUGGAGACCUGCAAAGUCCCUACUGACGUUAACCAAGGAAUUACUGGUCAUCUGCUUUCUUCUUAUCGUACCCUCAGUGCCAAGAACAUCAAGCUGUACUCUGUUGGGCCUUUCUUCUGCAGCUCAAAACCUAAACCAGUUCCUAAUGGUGGCUAUUAAUUAAAGGAUAAUACUCGGGUCCUGACCAGUCAGCCAUCACGCUAUAGUUAUGCCUGAUUUUAUUUAUUUUCUCCAUUUACUAAUUUGGAGCUGGAAUUUUGAUUCUUCAUUGUUGUUGGUUUUGCUUGAUUAAUUUCAUUAUUAAUGUCAAGAGGUUUUGUGCUCUACCAUUUGGGAUUAUUUGUAAUUAGCUGCGCUUUGCUCUAUUAGAGGACCAUAUGCAAUGUUUUUCCAUUUGUUUUGCUAUUGCAAUAAUAUCUUUAUUAUUUCAUAAGAUCUA